CCAGAUCUUCUAAACCAAAAGCAAAGGAUGGAAAGGGCUGACAUUUAGUGCAGGUACAUGCCACUAUCUAAUAGAAAGGAGGCUGGUGUGGGGUCUUCAGGGUCCUUCUUGUAAAAUCUUCAUGGCAGCAGAUCAUACCUUGCUCUUCCCCCUAGCUUUCAGCCCAUCACUGGAUGGUCACCUCUUGCACCCCAGCACGGAGCAUGCAGAAUAUUAUAUGAGUGUGUCUGGGACCACACACUCCUUCCCACUGCAUCCUUUCUAGAACCAGACAAUCACCAAGAAGAAGGACAGCAAAGUCAGCUGAGCAGCCUGGAAUAAAGUGUGCAGCCCUAAUCAAGCUUCUCCAGCCCCACUGUGCCACCUCCUCCCUGACAGUGGUCAGUAGCCUCUUGCAGAAGCCCUGGAAGAAGCCUUUUCCCACCUUCCCCCUAUUUGCUAAAGAAGGGCCAUGUCUGGCUUUGACCAGAGGAACCAGAGCAGGCAGCACACAGAGCCUGAGACAGGAUACAUCACCCCUGGGGUGAAGCCAAGGGGCGAGAUGUUCGUCUUUAUUGAUGGGAAAUGGGUGAAUGACACCUGCUGCCAGCCACCCUGUCCUUCCCACCAGAGACUCUUUAGCAAGAAGGCACAGAAUGAGUGGAGCAUCUGGGAGGAGAAUAGAGCACUCUGGCAGGAAAACCAAGUCCUCUGGAUCAAAAACAGGAUGCUCUGGGAAGAAAACAAGGCCUUACAGUAUCUCCAGUCACAGAACAAAUCUGUCCAGGUAAUUUACUCUGAUGCUCUUCAGCAAUGUCUCAAGAGCAAAAAUAAGCCAUUUCCACUCUUCCAAGAGAGAAGCACAGGCUUUCAGUUCAGCCUGGACAACAAAGCUCUCCAGUCAGUCCAGAAAAAGAAUAAAUUAUUUGAGGAUUUCCAGCAGGAGAAUAAAGCACUCCCUGUUACCUGGAAGGGCCAAAAGGCCAUCACAGUCUAUGAAGAGAGUGAAGAUGCCAGCUCAGACCUUCAGAAGAACACUGACACCACUGCAGCUGUGGAAAAAGGUAACCCCAGCCCAGUCCCCCAGCAGGAACAUGAAAGUAGAAAGAAGAACACUACUCCAACUCAGAAUAAGAUUGAGUCUGCCCCAAGUAUGCUGGGAGAGCAUGAAAUCCUCCGAGUUCUUCAGGACCUGUGUGAGCUCCUCCACACCUUCCUAAAAAUGAACCAUCCUUCUGGGGAGAAACAGUCUUGUCACAAUGUCUGUGAUGUGAGCAGAUCCUUCCAAGAAGAUUACCAUAAACUGAAGCUGCAGCUGAAAGCUGUGAAAAACACUGUGUCAGACAUUAUAGCUCAAAUGGAUAUGCUGGAAAAGGAGAUCAUUGCCAUCACUUCCCCAGUGUAUGAAGAAGCAGGGCAAAAGCCUUUCUGA